GGACAAUCAGUACAUCACAUAAAUUGCUAGCAAGGCAGACACGUCAGCGGCGACAGCAAGCUUUGAGCAGCGUUGACCCAUAACCCCAACCCUAACCCGGUCCAGUCUCGUCUGCGCUCAAUCUACAUCCGUACCAUUCUGAUCUUUAUUGCUUUCGUUUGCCCAAAAGUAUUUGGACUCGAAUCAAGAUGCCAACGCUACGAUCCAUCCUGGUGCUGCUCUCGCUCGCAGUAUCCGCUCUCGCUUCCAGCGCCAUUCCAUCUGGGACACUCGCCCCUCAGCCGUCGCUGCAGCCGCAGUUGCCGAGGCAGCUGCCGCUGUGAGCAGUAGCGAUGCAGGUCCGACAUUCUCGUUCAUCCAGGGCACGUACAAUGUCUCCUUUUGGGCAGUCGACCUCCCCGUCAGCUAUGCCCGCACAAUCUUGCCGCCCAAAGUAGCUGAUGGCCGGAUGGAUGAGGACCUUUUCAUGUUGCUCAAAGGCCAACGGGACAAGAAGACAACCUUGGCGGUGCUCGAGGCGGGGCACCAAAAGGGCAAUGGCCCGCCUGGCUUUGGGAUCCUUAAUAAUGAAGAGACAACGCUAGAGCUGCCAUACGUCCGCUUACGGCCAGGCAGCAAGCAGCCGUACAUUUACAAGUCACAAAUCUUCACCGAUAGCCCGGUCGCUGGGCUGUUCGGCGGCCUCGUCUUUGGGCUGCACGAGACGCAGGCGAAGAUGGUACCGCCGAACAGCUCGGACGCGCUAAAUUACGACCAGGACACCGUCGGCUGGUUCAAGAUCGAGCGCGUUGCCAUGCAGCCCCAAGAUACGAGCGGGGUCGACUGGAAGGAUAUUUCCAAUCAGCCUUGGUUCACUGAUGGGCCCCUGUGCGGCCGACACGUGUACAACGUCGCGCCAACGAUCUCUCUGCGCGGAGAUGUGCAGCUGCUGCCAUCCGUGCUGAAAGAGCCGAACCCGGCGGCAGAGCCACUGGCGUUCUUCGACGUGGAGGGGAUACGUAUGAAUGCGCACUUCAAGAUCAUUGGACCUGCUAGCUGCGCUGCAUUUGACACUGCCGCAUAGACGCUUGAGGCAGACGUCAUGCCGCAGAUGCCCUUGCUUCGAACCGUAGGACGUGCUGUAUUGAUCUGUUACCCCAUGGACCAACGCUACAAUUGCCUUUGC